AUGCGGAAGUGUAAAGUUUUCGUUGGUUCAUCACAUCCUGAAUUAGGAAACCUGAUUUGUGAAAAGUUAGGACUUGAACCAGCUCCCUGUGAGCUCAAGAAGUUUUCUAAUGGAGAAACAUCGGUACAAAUUGGGGUUUCGAUAAGAGACGAAGAUGUCUAUAUCAUCCAAUCAGGAUCUCCUACAAUAAAUGAUCAUAUAAUGGAGCUAUUGAUCUUGAUAUCUGCUUGUCACGGUGGUUCGGCUUCAAAAAUCACAGCUGUGAUACCCCAAUUUCCAUAUUCGAAGCAGUCAAAGAUGAAGAAGCAUAGAGGAGCAAUCACAGCAAGAAUGCUUGCUAAUUUAUUGAUUAUGGCGGGCGCUGAUCAUGUAGUAUCAAUGGACUUGCAUGCUUCGCAAAUGCAAGGCUUUUUCACUAAACCAGUGGACAACCUAUAUGGAGCACCAACGCUAGCUAGGUGGAUUCGUCAUAAUAUUCCUGAUUGGGAGAAUGCUGUUGUGGUUUCUAAGAAUCCGGGUGGAACGAAAAGAGUAACUGCUUUGGCAGAUGCUUUGAAGAUCAAUUUUGCAAUGAUACACACUGACAGAAGAAGGUCUCAAGAUGGAUAUUCUUCUUCAAGCAAGAAGAAGGCGUUGAAACCCUGUGAGAGCGAUGACGAAGAAAACAUAUUUCCUGAACUACAAACUGCUAGAAUUGUCCAAGGUCAUGUUGUUGAUGAUGACUACCCUACUACACAAACGACAAAUGGUAGCUCAACCGCAGAGAAUCAUUCUAUCAGUGAUAGUGAUGCCUUAGGUGGUUCAUACGAAGCUGGCAGUAGCGAUGAUGAAGAUGAACCUGUCAGCCAAGAAAAAUUAAUCACCUUGGUUGGAGAUGUCAGUGAUAAAGUUGCAAUAAUACUUGAUGACAUGAUUGAUAAGCCCAAUUCUUUCAUUUCAGCAGCAGAACAUUUGCGGUUGAAUUGUGGGGCAAAAGCAGUUUAUGUGCUUGGGACUCAUGGUAUCUUCAGUGAUGACUGUUUAGAGGCAUUAAACGGCUCAAAAUGCAUUGACAAGAUCGUUGUCACUAACACAUAUCCUAUUUCAAAAUCGAGAAUCGAAGAGAAUGAGAAACUUGCUGUCAUAGAUGUUUCUCCUAUUUUCGCGGAAUGCAUUAGAAGAGAUCACUUUGGUGAAUCUAUUUCGGUGUUAUUUGACUCCUUGGCUGCUAUCGAAUAA